UGGCGCGUUGUUUAUUUAUGUUUACCUUUUCAUUUUGUUUGUAAGCCAGAUUUCAAAUAUAGAUCUUACCAAUUACUAUUUCCACAGUUAUAUCAACAAAAGGUAUAGACAGCUUUUAUAGAUACGAGAUACUAUGGCUGUUCGUAAACCUUUGACUCAAUUCACCACACCAUUGGGUUCAGGAGCUGGUGUUCCAAAGGAGAAGAGACCACCGCGUGUUAAUGAUAGUGCAGCAAGGUUAGCCAAACCAUUCAAGGUCCCAUUUGUUAAUAGAUCACAAACUGUUGGUGCUACAUCUACUACUCGUGGUUUACCUAUAAGAGGUGCUAGAUCAAAGGUGAAAAACUAUGCUCUUGAUGAUAUUGAUAAAGAAAACAUAAAUCCAGAUCAGGAUGAUUAUAAUGUAGAUGAGAAUGGUGAAGUUGUUCGUAAAAAGAGAUUUGGUGCUAUAUUGCCACGUCUGAUGCUUUUAAAUCAAAACAACUUAAAUCAAUCUGAAGAUAAAAUGAAGCAAACAUUCAUUGUGCCAUUUUCAAGUGAUAAUGUUAAAAAGUUAGAGUUUUCUAAUAGAGGUCCUCCUCCUCCAUUAGGUACAAGAGUAAAACCAAUUGUUCCUCCUCGAGCAUUACAUGAUCCAAUGAGUGAAUUUGCUAUUGUACUAUACGAUCCAACGGUUGAUGUAAUACCGAAAAUUGAAGAUGAAGUGAAUGAAAAUGAUAAGGAACAAGAAAAAUCAAAGUCCCCCACACCACCACCAACCGAAGAAGAGCAACUCGAAAGACCAGUGAAAAGAAGAAAAACACAUAAAUCCUUAGCAGAAAUAUUGGGUAUAGUUAAAAAUCCAGAAGAGGCAUUAGCUAAAUUUCCCAAUGUUCCUGUAGUAAUAGAUCCUAAAUUAGCUAAGAUCUUAAGACCUCAUCAAAUUGCAGGAGUUCAAUUUUUGUACCGUUGUACAUCAGGUUUGUUAGAUGCUAGAGCUCAUGGUUGUAUAAUGGCUGAUGAAAUGGGUUUAGGGAAGACUUUACAAUGUUUAGCUCUUAUGUGGACUUUAUUAAAACAAAGUCCAAGAGGUAAAAGAACAAUUGAAAAAUGUAUAAUUGUUUGCCCAUCAUCUCUAGUUAGAAAUUGGGCCAAUGAAAUUAUUAAGUGGUUAGGAGAAGGUGCCAUAACUCCAUUAGCAGUUGAUGGGAAAUCAACUAAGAAUUCAGAAUUAGGUGGAGCUUUACAACAGUGGUCGACAGCUACGGGAAGAAAUAUCGUACGGCCUGUAUUGAUUAUAUCUUAUGAAACCUUAAGAAGAAAUGUUGAUAAAUUGGCUGGUACAGAAGUUGGUUUAUUGUUAGCUGAUGAGGGUCACAGAUUGAAAAACGGUGAUUCGUUAACAUUUACUGCUUUAAAUGCUUUAAAAUGUAAAAGAAGAGUUAUUCUUUCAGGUACACCAAUUCAAAAUGAUUUGUCUGAAUAUUUCUCGUUAUUAAAUUUUGCAAAUCCAGGAUAUCUUGGAACUAGACUUGAAUUUAAAAAGAAUUUCGAAAAUGAUAUCUUAAGAGGUAGAGAUGGAUUUGCAACAGACAAAGAAAGAGAAAUUGGUGAUAAAAAAUUAACGGAGUUAUCCGAACUAGUAUCAAAAUUUAUUAUUAGAAGAACUAAUGAUAUUUUAUCAAAGUAUUUGCCAGUUAAGUAUGAAUACGUUUUAUUCACUGGUUUAUCACCAUUACAAAAAGCUUUAUAUAAUCAUUUUAUAACAUCACCCGAAAUUAAGAAGUUAUUAAGAGGUACUGGUUCGCAGCCAUUGAAAGCUAUCGGUUUAUUAAAGAAGUUAUGUAACCAUCCUGAUUUGCUAGAUUUACCCGAUGAUUUAGAAGGUUGUGAUAGACUUAUACCUGAUGAUUAUGCCCCAUCAAUUGGUAAGAAUGCAGGAGGAGGAGGUAGAAAUAGAGAAGUACAAAGUUGGCAUAGUGGUAAAUUCAUGAUAUUAGAACGUUUCUUACAUCAGAUCAAUUCUGAAACUACUGAUAAAAUUGUCUUGAUUUCGAAUUAUACUCAAACCUUAGACUUAAUUGAAAAGAUGUGUCGUCAUAAGAAAUAUGGUUGCUUGAGAUUGGAUGGUACCUUAAACAUUAAUAAACGUCAAAAGUUGGUGGAUAAAUUCAAUGAUCCAAAUGGAUCAGAAUUCAUAUUUUUGUUAUCAUCAAAAGCAGGUGGUUGUGGUAUCAAUUUGAUUGGAGCUAAUAGGUUAAUUUUAUUAGAUCCUGAUUGGAAUCCAGCUUCAGAUCAACAAGCGUUAGCAAGAGUGUGGAGAGAUGGUCAAAAGAAAGAUUGUUUCAUUUAUAGAUUUAUUUCUACUGGUACAAUUGAAGAAAAGAUUUUUCAAAGACAAUCCAUGAAACUUUCCUUAUCCAGUUGUGUGGUUGAUGAAAAGGUAGAUGUUGAAAGAUUAUUCAGUGCUGAAAAUUUAAAACAAUUAUUUGAAUAUUCUCCAGAUACAAAUUGUGAUACUCAUGAAACUUAUAAUUGUAAGAGAUGUUCAGAAGAAAAGGGUCAAUUUAUAAAAUCUCCCGCCAUGUUGUAUGGGGAUGCAACCACUUGGAAUCAUCUUAAUAAAGAUGCAUUGGUUGCAAAUGAAGAUUCAUUGAUUGUCAAUGAAAAUAAUUUCGAUGAUAUCACUUUUGCAUUACAGUAUAUAUCCCAUUAGUUAUGUCAAAUUAAAAAAUUAAACUUUUUUAGUAAUAUGAAAACCGUACGAUAAACCAAUUAGAUAUCAACGUAGAUUAGGGAACGUUUGUGGUUGCUAAUUUGCACCCCCAUUUAUAGUACAUCCCCACAUUCCGAAUGGGUAUAACCUUGUUCCGAGAGAGACGAUAACAUUUUUUUUGACUCCUGUGUUCUCUCCCCCACAUUUUUU